AUGAUUGACGCUGACAUGAGUGCAAAAAUGCUGGCAUUCACAACAGAAGUAGAUGCAGACUAUCUAAACUCCCCGGCUUUUGGUAGAUUUGUCGAAAGAAGUUUACGGGCAGAGGGACAAAAUGUGAAUGCCACCGAAUGCAACACUGAGGACGACGAAGACACAAGUUCAAUUGCCAGCGAUAUUUCAGGAGAGCAAACCAAAGGGUCUACAAGAAACAAGAAAACAGAAAUAUCGAUGUGGCAUACCGUCCCAAGCUGUCCAAAUCCAGAAGAGUCCUUCUGUUUUGACUCCCAAUAUAACCCCCUAUUUCAGGAUGAGAAGCCAGGAACUCAUGGCAAUCAUUGUAUCGUAUUUUCUGUCGACAUUCAAUCGGCUAAAUCGGCUACAGGUAUGGGUAACGCAAACGUGAUAUUCAGCGACAUCGACAAACCAGAAACUGAGUUUCGAGCUAAGCUUUACCAUUUGAAUAAUGAAGGAAGCAACGACGUUGACCACAGGCAGCCUACAGAUGAUGAUAUUACGAGAUAUGCGUUUGAAAGCAUUGUGGUAGACGCUCAUACAGCUCUUGAAGGCAAAUGCAACGAAAGCGGACAUCAGAACUCUGUACUUCGGAAAAAAAUCCCGGAGGACUUCGGCGGCGAGAACGUUCCUAGGCUGCAAGAUUCUUCUACUAGAUGCUAUGACUGCGUUGAUUCGAGGUCAGAAGCCGUAUCUUCGUUACACAAAAAGGAUAUAAGAAAACGACGUGCUACUGGAGGAUUUUUCUUAAAGUCUCCAGAGACGGGAUCAUUCAUAGCGAUUGGUUGA